CAGUGUCUGUGAUUCGGCUGAAGAGAGAAAAACUGGUUAUUUAACUGAAAAGAUGGCAUUAAUCAAAGAGGAGAGUGAAGACAUAAAGAUUGAAGAAACAUCCAGAGUCAAACAAGAAGAUACUGAGGAACAAACAGACCUGAUGGUGCUGAAAGAAGAGGUUCAAGAUCUGAAUGAGAUGGAAGAGAAAGAUCUGCAUGAAAAACAUCAUGUUUUCAUAACUAGAGAAAAAUCUUGUAGUUUUUCACAGACUGAACAUACAUUCUCUCAAAAAAGAGCUCAGAAGUCUAGAUCUAGAACCUGCCAACAAUGUGGAAAGAGUCUGAACAAAAAGGACAGCAUUAUAGCUCAUAUGAGAAUUCACACUGGAGAGAAGCCUUACUCCUGCCAACAGUGUGGAAAGAGUUUCCCACAAAAAUAUAAUCUUAGGAUUCACAUGAGAAUUCACACUGGAGAGAAGCCUUACACAUGCCAACAGUGUGGAAAGAGUUUCUCACGAAAAGAAGGUCUUAUGAUUCACAUGAGAAUUCACACUGGAGAGAAGCCAUUUGUGUGCGGUCAGUGUGGAAAGAGUUUCCCUCAUAAAACAACUUUGCAUGCUCACAUAAGGCUUCACACUGGAGAGAAGCCUUACAGCUGCCCACUGUGUGGAAAAACUAUGAACCACAAAGGACAUCUUAGAACUCACAUCAGAGUUCACACUGGAGAGAGGCCUUUCACAUGUGAUCAGUGUGGAAAAUGUUUUGUACGCAAGGAAGGCCUAACUAGGCACAUGGAGAUUCAUUCAAGAGAGAGCAGUUUUAUAUGCCCUCAGUGUGGAAGUACAUUCACAGACAGGAAACACUUUAAGCGCCACGUAAAAACUCACAUCGUACAUGAGCCUUUAAAGUGUCAUCACUGUGGAAAGACUUUCACAAAAAAAGCACGCCUCAAGACUCAUGAGAAUUCACACCUGGAUAGAAACCUUUAACGUGAACUAUGUGGAAUGAGUUUCAGAUAGAAAACAACGAGGCCUUUUCAUGUAACUUCAGUGUGGGUUUCAUAUUUCAAAUAGAUCUGAAUAGUUAUUUGUGAAUUUAUUCUGGCAAGAAAUUCAUUGUGGCAAAACGGUUUAGAAAAUGGAGCAGUUUCAAAGUUCACCUGUUAACUGGAGAAAGUAGGGUACCUGUGGGACUGUUAUUCGGUUGUUAAGUGAUGACGUAAGAAGCGCUGUUUCCGGGUCCAAGCCUCAACUCGCUUCACUUGAGAAUACUACCCCAGCAGCUGUUUAUGAGCACUGUUUAUUCAUAUUAAUCAUUUAA